AGGACAGUUCCCUUGCCUACAGUAACACCACUGUCUUUGUGGGCUCUUUGGAUUGUUCUGUUGCAGUAUAUUUCAGUUUAAAAACAAAAAGUACCCAAACCCUAAAACCACAAAACCCAGAUUUCCUCAUUGUGUUACUAAGGUGCAUAAUCUGAGAGAGCACCAGAAAGCACACUGCUCCUCUGCUGCCUGCUCUACAGGCUCAGGAGAUCUUCAGAGUGGGAGCAUGGGUCUUCGCCUUGGGUGCACAAGUAGCCACACAGUUGAGGUAUCAACUGGAGAAAGAGAACCCAGCACUAGGCAGAAGUGCUUGUCCCUGUUCACCCAUUGCAAGAUGCGUAAUUCAGAAGACUCAUAGGCUGGAAGUUGAUAGCCCUUCCCAGGACCAGAUUUUGGCACAGAAAAAACAUACAGUUGCCCAGGGCAGGCAAGGUCCCACUGCAUCAGUGCUAAAUGGUGUGAUGAAAGGGUGCCCAGGAUACAGACACUGCCAAGCAAUCCAGCCAUAGUCAUCAGUAGGCACAGCCUUGUGGGCCAACUGCUUCUGCCAAGAAAUCUCCAUAGAAGCAUGGAUUUACAGCUCCCUCACAGAAACAGCUGCCCUUAAAACCCAUUCCUAAAGUGGUGCAGGAUCAGUAAAUACAACUUCAGUGUGAUUGUUCCUAGCCUUCCUUCUUCCCAGCAAAAUCUCUGCGUCUGCAUGGCUCUUCUCAACUCCCUCCCCUCUCUGCUCCUUCAGUGUUAAUGAGCAGAGCUCCUUGUUUGGAUGUGUCAUGGAUGGAGUAGGUGGGAGACUGCUUGACGCUCUGGGAACUGACCUAUUGGAGGAUGGAGACCGAGGGUGGUGAGAGGCUGAGAGAAAGGAGAGAAAAAGACAGAUGCACGGAAACUCCGUCUCCUUUGUUUUCCAGAACCCCAUUUGAUUCUCUGUGGCAUUUCCCGGGGCCUGAUCCUGGCUGAGGAGAUAGGACAGACGCUGGCUACCAGGCCCUGCUCUCAACCACCAUGGGGAACCCCCACUGUUCCCAGGCCCCAGAGAUGGAAUUUGGUAAGAAUCAAGAGGGAAGUGACCAGUGUCAUAUCUUGCAACACUUCCGACGGUGCGACAGUUCCCCAAAACACAAGCAGCAAGGGAGACACCCCUAUUUAUAGCCAUACAACCAUUUAAAAUACCAGUCUUUUUAUCUUCUCUGAGCCGGAAGACUGUGAUAGAAAGAUUAACAAGAUAAAGAUGUUUUGAAAUAGAAGGAGGAAGAUAUGGUUGCUCCUUUUGCACUCAUCUUCAUGACACAGUGGAUGUUGCUGAUCAUCCAGUUGUGUGUUGGCUGGCACUGCACAGACUGCAUGAACGGAUCAGCCAUUGAAAACUUCUCCUGUGUGAUCUAUAACAUUUCCCUCAUGAACUGCACUUGGCAGGCAGGCAAGGAUGCACCAGGAGAUACCCAGUAUUUUCUCUAUUGGCAGAACUCCAUAUAUGAAGAUGCAAUGGAAUGUGAGCUUUACAUUAAGGAUGAAAAUGGCAGAAAUAUGGGAUGUAGAUUCCAAAAUGUGAGGAUAGAGACUGAAAAAGCUUACUUCUUGGUGAAUGGUUCUAGAAAAGACUCCCUAAUCCAGUUUUAUGAUGCAUACAUUCAACUGUACAAAAUUGAAAAGCUCAUGCCUCCAGCAAAUAUCACUGUCAACUGUGAUGAAAUUAAAAACAAUUGCAUAAUUCAGUGGCAACGACCUCAAAUAAGUCAUUCUAACAAAGACAAGUGUUUUAAAUAUGAAAUCGACAUAAAGUAUAAGGCUAGUCCUGAGGAAAAAACCAUCUAUACUUCCAUACAAGAAGGGGGAUAUAAUCACACAUUUCAAAGAUACAACACAAGAAAGAAGUGUCUCUUGAAAAUGAGGGCAGCUGGCAGUGUCUGCUUUGUGAGUCCAGCCUGGGGGGAGUGGAGUGCACCUGUAGAGUUUGGAAAUGAAGAAAUUAUUUCUUCUUCAGUAUGGAUCUUACUUGUGGUAGCAGUUGGGACAUUCUUAGUGGCAAUUGUCACAAUUUUAUUCUGCAAAAGGACUGGCCGUUGGAAAGCAGCAUUUCCACAAGUCCCAGAGCCAAAAAAUGCAUUUUGUGGACUGCCUGAUACAAAUACAGAGCUGAUGGAGAGCAAAAUUCCGUCAAUAACAUCUGAUAAGGAAGAGAUAACAUUAGUUGCUGAAAUACUGAAAUAACCAAAAAAAAAAAAAACCUGAAGGAAUUUAAAAGUGUAUUUCUUAGCUCAGGCAACUGUAUACUCCUGUGGAAAGUCUGGAAUAAUAUACAGGCUUUCUUCAGUUUCUUCUUUUUCUUGGCAAAAACAGUAGUGCAGCCAAAAAAGAAUGAUACUUCACAUGUAAUUUUUUUAAAUGCCAUUGUAUUUGCUUUUAAUUUUGGCUAACUUUGACUGUUUGGGUGACUUGUCCUUUUUGUGAAUAUGAUUGAAAUAUUUCAGUCAAGAAGUUUUAGUUACAUUCUAAUUUGUUUAAGGGAAAAUAAUGGGUUUGGUUCAUAUUAAAAUGAAUAAGAAUGAAUUUAUCGAGAUGAAUAAAAAAUUUUUAUAAAAUUCCUGGUGCCUGAAUGCCAUUGUUCUACUGUCAAGAAUGGGCCUUUCAUACUUGAGAUUUUCCCAUGUCUCUUAAAGUACUCAUGGGCUACUAGAAACUUGAGAAUGGGAAAGAAAACAGGCUGACAUAAAAUGGUGUCCUCUAAUCAGCAGGAAUCUCAAAGUACAGGAGUAUGUCUAAAAACCUAACUAAUCCUAGAACUUACAUGUGUUACAACUUAAGAGAUCAGCCACCAUUUACUUGACAUCAGCUCAGAAUUUACUUCUGUAAGUACCCAGCUCUUACUGCUCACUUGCCUUUUUACUGCUUUAAUUUAGUGUUGUAAAAUAGUGAGUCCAUGACUCAACCUCUAUGUUUUUUUGUUCAAAUAGAGGGCUUUACUACUGACCUGAACAGUAAGUUUUCAGAGCCACAAGGUUAGGACAAAGUCUUGGGAAAAUAGCUCAGGCUGUUGUUGAAUGCAAUGACUGGUCAUGAGCAAUGCUUCUCAAGGAUCAAUGUUGAGACUUGUAGUUUUUAGUACUAACAGCUAUUUGGACAGUGGAAUGAAAUGCAGCCUUGGCAAGAAUGUGGAUGAAAGCAAACUGAGGGCACCAACUGAUAUAGUGGAGAGCAGGCCUGCUAUUCAAAGGGUUUUGACAGGCUGAAGAAAUGGGUUGAUAGGAACCUCCUGAAGCAAACACAAAGCCAAAUGCCCAGAAAAAAAAAACAACUGCAUGUGUCCUAGAGAAUGGCUGACUGACAGGUCUGCGGAAAAGGCUCUGAGGUCCUGGUGGGCAACCAACUGAACACAAAUCAAAAAUGCUUCCUUACAGUAAUGAAAACUAUCCACAUACUGGGAGGAGUAGACACAGCAGUCAAGGAUUAUUCCCUCUAGUCAGCACUCAUGAGUCUGCAUGUGCAGUUCCAUGUCCGGAUUUCAGCCUCCUAGUACAAGCAAGACAUCAAUGGUGCUGGGAAAGCUCAGCGGCAGGACACCAAGAUGAUUAUGAGGAUCUUAAGGAACUGGAAUUUUUCAGCCUGGAGAACAGAAUCUAAGGGGAUCUACUGCUGUCUUCCACUGGGUGUAGAGAAGAUGGCAUAGACUUGUCUGGGAGUUGCACAGUGUGAGAAGGAGAAGGAACAGUCACAAGUUGCAGCAAGAGAAAGUCCAAUUUAAUAUGAGGAAAAAGAAUGAUUUACAGGGGAAAGUGAUUGGAUGGUCUCUAAUGGGUGUCCGGGGAGGCUCCACCCUUGGAUAUAUUCAAAACACAACUGGACAAGCAUCUGGGUCUGACACUGAAGUUGACUCUGCUUUAAAUGGGAGAUUGGACUCGAUGAUAUUCAAAGGUACAUUCCAACCUAAAUAUUUCUUUAAAUAUUUCUCUAAAUGGUUCUUGUCAAAGCUGUUUACUCUUUCUAAAUCCCUGUCAUGAAACAAUGGUAUCUAUUUGUACACUUAAAGCAACUGGGAGAACUGAAGUCUUACUAUGUACUGGUAGUUGCCUAGAGAGCUAUUGAAUAAAACAUCCCUCUUGCACUUGA